UGGGUCUAUACCAUUAAAAGAUUCACUCUUUUGGUCUAUACCACCAAAAGCUCCAUCUUUAGGCAUGUACCACUGAAAGGUUGCUCCGUUACUGGGAUUUGCCACUCCGUCUCCUUCCAUUAGAAACUCCAUUUUUUUGCCGUUUAAUUGGUUUAGAUAUUUCCCGUUUUACCCCUGUGCCCAUCUGAAGUGAGGGAGAGCGAUUCCUGGAUGGUGGCAUCUCUGUUCUUCACGAGUCCUCCCCACGAACUGAGCCCAGCGCUCCGGCCACCGCCUAGCCCUCCCGGCGGCGGAGACAACCACGCCCCCUGAUCCCGGCGGAGGAGCUCCUCGGCGGCAGGCCUCCGCCCCUGCCGAACCCGCUCCAGCUCCCGUGGCCAUGGAAAGAAGGGGCCAUACCGGCCCCCUGAAACCCUAGCCUAGCAGCUCGCCGACGCGACCAGCCGCCGCCGUCGCACUACGGCCAUCAGCGGAACGACCCCGACGCCAAGCGUGUGCUCCUCUCGACGCCGAGCCCGUGCUCGUCCCGACGCCCUGGACGCCCGGCCUGCCUGUGCUCCUUCACUUGCUCGUCCCCGACACCAACUUGCUCCUAUCCGCAAUGGAGCAUCCUGACGUUCAAGCAAGGACUGAACCAAAAAAAUCAUGUCGACUAGAGAUUCUUGUCAGUGCCUACUUCACAGUUGUAGAUGGUAUGAAAAUAUACAACAAAGGCAGGACUGUUAGCUGGGUUGUGGAUUCAGUAGAAUAUACACUCACUGAUCUUGAGAGAGAUAUUGGUCCUUAUUUUCAAUGGGGCAGCUACCAAAAGGCAAACUUCUGGGUUCUUGAAAGAAAUGCUAUGAAAUUCAAAUUAGAUUCAGAUGCACAGCUUCUCGAGCUCGUAAGGUCAACAGAAGUUCUGAAGUUGAUGAUGAUAGUGGGCAGACAUGAGGAGAUGGAGGAGCCUGCUAUACACAAGGUGCGUGCUGCUGCCAAUGUAGUGCGCAAUGAUGUGCCUGCCGUAGCUGAAGUGAUGGACCAGGAGGUGUCUAAUGCUGCUGAUGUGGACAUGGGACCAGAAUUGACGGAAUUAUGUGAACUUGAUGAAACAUUUGCUGGGCCACCAAGGGCUGAAAAGGUGCCUAAUGUUGCUGCUCUGGACAUUGGACCAGAAUUGAGGGAAUUACCUGAAUUUGGUGAAACGAUUGCGGGGCCACCAAGGGCUGAAGAGGAGGAAAAGGAACACUUUAUGACUGUUGGUUGUGAUCCUGAUGGAGAUGAGCCAGCCGGGGCAGAUGAAGAGUGGAGAUACUUCAAAAAUGUUGAUGAUGCCAAUGUGCAACCAAUAAAAAAUGUUGAAGUGGAGGUGCCAAACAGAAAGAGGUCAAGGCCUAUGCCAUACUUUGAUACUGAGGCGGUUCCUAAUGAUGAGGCUGGAUUGGUGGAUGAUUUUAUUGUGGCUGACACUACGUAUGACAAAGAGAAUCCAGUUAUUAAGGAGGGACAUACAUUUGUAGACAAGGCUGAGUUUAUGGAAAUUAUCAGGACAUAUGCCAUAAAAAAUGAGUUUCAGAGUAAGAUUGAACAUAGUGACAGCGAAAGGUACAGGGCAAGGUGUGCAGAUCUUGAAUGCGGGUGGAGAAUUUAUGCAAAGAAAUUGCAUGGCUGCAACACUUUUAAGGUGGUUAAUCUCUCAAGUCUAGACAUGCACACUUGUUCUAACGGAAACAAGGCACGAGAAGCUACCACAGGUUGGCUGUCUCGCCGAGUGAAAGAUAUUGUGAAGGAAGAUCCUACUCUUAGUGCAAAGAAGCUACAGAAACGAUUGGAGAAACAAUAUAACAUUGAGUUGUCCUAUUGGAAAGCGUGGACUGCGAAGAAGACAGCAAUGAAUGCUCUUCAUGGUACUUGGGAGGAGAGUUUCACAAUGCUAUGGAGGUUCAAAGCAGCACUAGAAGAAUCUUGUCCAGGAAGCAUUAUCGAGAUCGAUUGCAAGAAGAUCAAUGGGAAAAUGCACUUUUCAAGGAUGUUUGUGAGUAUUAGAGCUUGUGUUGAUGGAUUUCUGUCUGGGUGCAGACCGUAUCUUGGUGUUGAUUCCACUCAUCUCACUGGAAAGUACAAAGGACAAUUGGCUGCAGCAACUGCUAUUGAUGGCCACAACUGGAUGUAUCCAGUUUCAUAUGGCAUUUUCUCUAAGGAAACAAAUGCAAAUUGGGCAUGGUUCAUGGAUAACUUGAGAAGGGCAGUUGGGACUCCUCCUGGAUUGACAAUCCACACGGAUGCUUGUAAAGGACUAGCAUAUGCUGUCAACAAAGUUUUUAAAGGUGAAGCAGAGCAUCGGGAGUGCUUUAGACACCUCAUGGCUAAUUUCAGGAAGAAGUUCAAAGGUGAUGUGCUGAAGUACAUGUGGCCUUGUGCAUGGGCAUGUACAACCCGUAGGCAUGAUGCACUGAAGGACAAAAUUACAGAAACUUGUCCUAAAGCAAUACCCUGGUUAAACAAGCACCAUAAUCUGGUUUGGAGCAGAUCAAAGUUCUCCAAAGAAUGCAAGGUUGAUUACGUUAACAACAACAUUUCCGAGUGCUUCAACAAUUGGAUUAAGGAUGAAAAGGAGCUUCCAGCUGUGUAUCUUAUGGAUAAAAUAAGAGAGAAAAUCAUGGUUAAGAUAGCCACAAGGAAAGUGAUAGCCGAGAAACUUGAAGGGCGUAUCCUCCCAAGUGUCUUACAUGAGUUGAACAUGAAGAGCAGAGGGUUGCACUAUGAUUUCACCAAAAGUGGGCCAUUGUCAGCUGAAAUUUCAGGAACAACAAAUGAAGGAAAGACUUGGAGGUAUGGUGUUGACCUUGCAAAAAGGGAAUGUGGCUGUGGUCAGUGGGAGGUGUCCGGAAAACCAUGCACUCACGCUAUAUUUUUAAUUGGGAAAGUACGGCAAUUAAAAAUUGAAGAUUUUGUGGAUGACUACUAUUCGGUACAGAGGUUCAAGCUAGCUUAUCAGUUUCAAGUCACUCCAAUGGGUGACAAAUCUCAGUGGCCAAAGAAUGACCCACCUUUUGAAGUGGUUCCUCCACCACUAGAAAGGCCUGCUGGUAGACCAAGGAAGCAGAGAAUCAAGGCUAGUGGAGAGCCAGGAAAAAGAGGUCCAUAUCAAUGCAAAAGGUGCUUCCAGUUUGGACAUAUCGAGAAGGGUUGUUAUGCAACUCAAGCUGAACUAGAACAAGAACUUCCGCCACCUCGUCCAAAAAAGCAGAAACAACAAAGGAAAGCCAAAGCUGAAUCUCUUGAAACAUCGAGCUUUGUUGAUCCAAAAGUAAUGUCUAGCCCAGGUGUGACUACAAGAAGGAUGUCAUCCCUCUCUCCAGCAAGCCCAGGUGUGACUACAAGGAGGAUGGCAUCCCUCUCUCCAGCAAGCCCAGGUGUGACAACAAGGAGGAUGGCAUCAAUCUCACCUGGAGGAAUCAACCGUAGGCUUAUCAUCGAGUAGUUGUCUUGGUCUAAUCUCAGCAUGUGUGUGGUCUGUACUGAACUAUUGUCGUAUCUGUUAGUGUCUUGUGAACUAUGGUCUUUUGCCAACCUGCUAAUUGACUGUGAAUUUCUGUUAUAUUUAUGCUGAGACGUUGACUUA